AUGUAAUAAGGCUAAGUCAAAGUUAUUGGUAAUUACAGCUACAACCUAAAGCAUUGCUUAGGAGAGGGUGCUUACGGUAAAGUAUACUAGGGACUUGAUACCACGACUAAUUUAAAAGUGGCCAUCAAAAAACUUGAUUUACGUAAUUUUGAAAGAGAUAAUUAUCUUAAACAAUCAAUCAUAUAAGAAAUCGAAAUUCUAAAGAAAUUCAAUCAUAAAAACAUAGUCAAAUUUAUAGAUUUGAUUUCAACUCAAAGAAGUCUCUACAUCAUAACAGAAUUUUGUAAAGAUGGAGAUUUAAGAGAAAUUAUGAGUAGAAAAAAAUACAAUGAAUAAGAUGCUUGGAAAAUUAUGAAAUAGAUCAUCCAAGGAUUCCGUGAACUAGUAUCCAAUGCCAUCAUUCAUAGAGACUUAAAACCAGCAAAUAUUCUUAGUCAUGAAGGAGUAUUCAAAAUUGCUGACUUUGGAUUCGCUAAAUAUGUUGAUAAUUUCACCAAUCAAUUGCUAAGAUCAUGUGUUGGAUCUCCACUCUACAUGGCCCCUUAAAUUUUAGCAAGAAAACCCUAUUCUACCAAAUGUGAUAUUUGGUCUCUUGGUGUCAUAUUUUACGAGAUGGUCUUUACUGAUGUUCCUUGGAAAGGCAGAGACGAAAGAGACUUAUUGAAAAAUAUUUUAAGUGUUCCUGUUUCAAUCAAAAAAGGAUUUCUGACAUCCAAAUCUGAAGAAUUCUUAAGGAAAACAUUAACAAUUGAAGAAAAUGAUAGAAUAUCAUGGGAAAAAGUAUUUGAAAUGUUUGAAGUUGUCAAUCUCCCCUCUGAUUAGAGAAUUCAAACAUCUCCUAAUUUAAAUAUUAGAGCAAAUAAUCAUUAGAAUUCUUCAAACAAUGAAAAGGAAAGAAAGAAGUCUAUCUUCUAAGGCCCAUCCUAACCACCUGUGCAAUAAACAUCUGCUCCUGUUUCACCCAUUUCAAUUUAACCUCAAACUCCUUCUAUUAAGAGUUUAAGAAAUGAGAUUAUUUUUAGGAAUUUUGUCUUGACAACUGAAUUAUUCCCAAGAUACACUUCUAACAAAAAUAGUAUUGUAGAAAAAGUUAUGAUUUGCUUGAGCAAAACUAAUAUGGCAAUGCAAAAUGCUUUAUAUACUUUAGCUAAUCAGAUCAUGGUCCCAGCAAUAAAGAAAGAUCAUGAUUAGUAUGUAUAAUUUCAUUCAGAUUUAAUUGAAACAUUACAAAGAAACGGGUAAUUGCAGCAUUGUGAUAGAGAAUUAGAUAUAAAUUCAAAGGAUUAGAAUUGCACCGAUACCGAAUGCGAUAAGUUAAAUAUAACCUUAACUACAUUAAUUAAAUAAUUAUGUUAGGAAAUGCUUGAGGAACACAAGAGAGCUCCUUCUAGACCAAUCAUGUUGUUAUUAGACAAUUUAGUGGAUAUCAUUAUCAUUCACAAGAAAGUCCAAAGAUGUGUGGAGAUAGAUUACGAUCAAUUGAAUGCUGAGAAGGCUGAAGAAGAAGAUCCAAGAAAGAUUAUGGAUGCUGUUAUAGAAAAGCUCAGGCAAGCUUGA